UUUUUUAUGCAAAAGAUGUACGAUGAUAGUUAUUCAGGUUAUAGACUUACAAUAAUUGGAUUAAAAUCAUGUAGAAGUACAUACUAAUUGAAACAUUAACAGCAAAUUAAUUUUCAGAUUUCUUGUAUUAAAUGUUGGUGUAAUUAGAGAAAUUUUACAGUGGGUAAGUUUGGUAAAGGACGAAAAACACGAUCUAAGAAUUAAGAUGUAAUGAGUCGAUGAAGAGGAUAGUUUGGUCCAAUGCACAUUAGUGGGGUACGUUUAGGAAACCCAACCCGCAGGCCGAGGGGACGCACGCAAGCGCAACGAACAAAAUUAUCAGUACACAUUGACCUUGACCUUUCUAUAGUUUAGGGUAACUUCAGUCUUGAAGAAGCUACGGAGAAGGAACCCAGAAAGAGCACUCUCCACUCCUGUCUCUCUGUCUCAUCUCUUCCUUUGGCCGCCUGCGAAAAAUCCAACAUGGAGAGUGCUGGCCCUGCAAGCAAGAAGCGAGAGAUUUCCCAUGAUGAUGAUGAUGAGGAAGAAAAUAUGGAGAAAUUCUACGCUCUUGUCAAGAGCAUACGAGAGGCUCGUGAUCAUUUGAUCAUGAACAACAGCUCAGCAGAGAUCGCGAAUAAUGAGGCUGCAGGUCGUCAGAGCAUAACCAAGAAGAGAAAGCUUGAAGAAGAGAAGCAGGUUGUAGUCUGGCAGCCCUCAUUUCAACGUGAAGAUUUCAUGGAAGAGGCUGAUCAGCUGAAGAAACCCCCAGCUGUGAGCUUCGCCAGUACUUCUCAAAGUAAAGAGGGCACUGAUAUUAAUGAUCCGAAAGAGAAGGUUAAAGAAGGGUUAGACCUUACCCUUUCACUGUAAAGGGGAUCAUCAGGGUUUUUGGAACAACUGCAAGAAUGUAGCUGGGCCAGGUAUGUUGAUUGUUACUUGGAAGAUGGGGGUACAUGGAUCAAACUGUUCAUAAGUAAUUAGGUGGAUGUUCCACGCUAGAAGGUGAGAAGAUCCCGUCAAGCCUUCAAGCUUUUCUUCUGCCAUAGCAUUUUCCCAUCUACCCUUUUGUAGUUUAAUUAUAAUUAGUGAAUAUUAGUAUCUCUUUUGGUGACAUUAACCAGUAAAGUUUUCGGAUAAUCAUGAAUGUUAUAUAUAAAUUAUGGUAAAGAAAUAAAUAUUAAACAUAUCUCUAUACAUUUUUGGUGUUUGAUUUUGAUCAUAGCAGAAGAUUUAUUCACCUUACUAAUCACUAGGUGCUGGACAAGAACCAAAUUCUAAAACGAAAAUGAGUUUCUAAAGAAAUUUUUUGGCCUUGUGCUUAUUGGGAUAGUGUGGCUUGAAAUAAUUCGUGCCUCAUUUUGAAGCACAUGGUGGGUGCACGGUUCACCAUAACUCCACAAAUACCAUGAUCACAAGCGAUGGAUCACAUGAAGUCAGAUUUUCUCUCUUCUUGCUGUUCACGUAGUAAAGCAUUUGAAGGUUUUGUUUUUUCAAUUGGCAAAUAUAUAUUCUGUUGGCAUCAUGGCUUCUCUUUUCACGUUAGAAAUAUCACUUGCUGAUGAUAGUGCUAAGUGCGAGAGAUUGAGAAAGGAAAAAAUAGAGUAUGAGCCGAGGGUGAAUAGAAGCUAAGAGUGAGUUCGGGGCUUGUAAAUCAGAGGUUGGCUUAUUUCUCGUUUCUUUGCACUCGAGAGGUUGUCAAAAUUUGAAAUCCUAAUCACUUGACAUAAAAAUUCAACGUUUUGACAUGCGAUUAUUGUGUUUAUUUAUUUAUUUUCUAUCAUUGAGAUAGUGAAAACAUGAUUAGAUAUCGAGUAGAGUGUUUUGUGGUGACUAUAUGUUGUAA